GGGAGCCAUGGCCGAGAGACAGGGUCUGAGGGCCGAGUCCUGCCACUUCACCCUGCAGGGGGCGCCAUUUCGCCUCUUGGGAGGAUCGGUGCACUAUUUCCGUGUGCCCAGAGCGUACUGGCGGGACCGCCUGCUGAAGAUGAGAGCCUGUGGAAUCAACACACUAACCACAUAUGUUCCUUGGAAUCUACAUGAAGCAGAAAAGGGCCUCUUCAAUUUCAAAGACCAUCUGGAUUUAGAGGCCUUCAUCUGUGUGGCCCAGGAGCUGGGGCUGUGGGUCAUCCUCCGGCCAGGCCCCUACAUCUGCGCUGAGUGGGAUCUGGGGGGCCUCCCCAGUUGGCUCUUACGUGACAAAGACAUGAAGCUGCGCACCACCUACUCCGGCUUCACCAGCGCUGUCAACUCCUACUUUGACAAGCUCAUGCACAAGGUGGCACGGCUUCAGUUCAGUAAUGGAGGUCCUAUCAUUGCAGUCCAAGUAGAAAACGAGUAUGGAUCAUAUUCCAAGGACGACGCAUACAUGAAAUAUAUCAAAGAGGCUCUCAUGUCCCGAGGAAUAACUGAGUUGCUCCUGACAUCUGACAACAGAGACGGUCUUCGGUGUGGAGGAGUGGAUGGAGUGUUGAAAACGAUCAACCUCCAGAAGCUUUCCUAUGGAGCCAUGCAGUCCUUGGCUGAGAUGCAGCCGGAGAAGCCCUUGCUGGUUAUGGAGUACUGGUCUGGGUGGUUUGACGUCUGGGGCGAGCCACACCACAUCUUCCCAGCAGAGGAAAUGACCGCUAUCGUCUCCGAGCUUCUAGAGCGGGGCGCCUCCAUCAAUCUCUACAUGUUCCACGGAGGAACCAGCUUUGGUUUCAUGAGCGGGGCAGUGGAUUUGGGGAUUUAUAAACCUCAGAUUAGCAGUUAUGAUUAUGAUGCCCCUUUAUCUGAAUGUGGAGAUUACACACUAAAGUACCACUUGCUCAGGAGCCUGCUGAUAAACUAUCACAGUGAGCCUGUACCUGAGCCCCCCGCUCUUCAGGACAGAGCAGCGUAUGAAGCUGUGUUGGUCUCCCAGCACAUGUCACUGUGGGACUCUCUGCAGUAUGCUGAGAAGCCUUUCAAAUCAGAGGAUCCAAUCAGCAUGGAGAACCUACCUGUUCACAAUGGCAACGGCCAAUCAUACGGCUACACCCUUUAUGAGACGGCCAUCUCGAGUGGAGGCAGCCUGAACUCUAGAAACAACAUUCGUGACAGAGCCCUGGUGUUUGUGGACAGGCAGUUCGUGGGCAUUUUGGACUACAGAACACAGGAAGUGGCUUUGCCUAAAGGAAAGGAGUCUAGAACCCUGAGUCUGCUGGUGGAGAACUGUGGCAGGGUGAACUACGGAGAGGCUCUGGAUGCCCAGCAUAAAGGCCUCGUUGGAGAUAUUCUACUAAACCAUGCUCCUCUUAAAAGAUUUGCAGUGCACAGUCUGGACAUGACACCCAGCUUUUUAAACCGGUCACACUCAGGGAAGUGGAGCUCCAUGACAGAGAGUCUGGUCUAUCCUGGAUUCUUCAAGGGCAUCCUGCACGUAGAGGGCGAACCCAGAGACACGUUCAUCAAGCUGCCAGGGUGGAUGAAAGGAGUGGUGUUUGUGAACGGGAAUAAUCUUGGACGAUACUGGUGUAUUGGUCCUCAAAAAAACCUCUACCUUCCUGGUCCUUGGCUCAAAACUGGAAAUAAUCAGAUAACUGUAUUUGAAGAGCAAAGGGCUGGUGCCACAGUUGUCUUUGCUGAGAAUCCAGAGCACGGAAGAACAAUUGACGUGUCAAGACAUCCGUUCUGCACCAUCAUCUAGAAUAACAAAUGUUUUUAACUUGGUGAAACGGUAGCUCCCAAAAGCAGCAAUGAAAAAUAAUGUUGAUCUGUUCUGUAGCCUAAUUUAGAAGUAUCUGUCAAGUAACCCAGGAAUAACCUAAUUGUAACAGUGAGGCUGUCACCAAGCCAUUUGUCUUUUGUCCUUGAGGCAUAAAAACUUUGAUAUGGACAGGUUUAAAGUAGGCUAAAUCAUGUUCAUUUUCAGUUACAAGAAUGCUAUGAUGGGCACAAAUGAAGUUUGUCUUUUUGGUUCAGAUAGUUUUCUAUUUCAACAUGUCUAACAUUAUGUUACCUCUGACAUAUGGCCUACUUUCACAAAUGGCCUGUUAUCUGCUAUUUCUCAACCUGGGGCAGAUACACACCAGUGAUAAACAAGGAUUAAACUACAAAG